UAAUUUUCAUAAUUUUUAAAAUGGAUUUUGAUUUCAAAGUAAAAACUCAAAACGAACGUACAAAAGUUGAAGAUCUAUUCGAUUAUGAAGGUUGCAAAGUUGGCCGAGGAACUUAUGGACAUGUUUACAAAGGACAUAGGAAGGAAGGAAAUGAUAAUAAGGAUUAUGCUCUAAAGCAAAUUGAAGGGACUGGAUUAUCAAUGUCCGCUUGUCGAGAAAUUGCACUUCUUCGUGAGCUUAAGCAUCCUAACGUUAUUAACUUGAUCAGAGUUUUCCUCUCACAUACCGACAGAAAAGUAUGGCUAUUGUUUGAUUAUGCUGAACAUGAUUUAUGGCACAUCAUAAAAUUUCAUCGAGCUGCAAAAGCUGCUAAGAAGCCAGUGCUGGUACCGAAAGGAAUGGUGAAAAGUUUACUUUAUCAGAUUCUUGAUGGAAUACAUUAUUUGCAUACAAAUUGGGUUCUUCAUCGUGAUUUGAAACCUGCAAACAUUCUCGUGAUGGGAGAAGGAAAUGAACGAGGUCGAGUAAAAAUAGCAGACAUGGGCUUUGCUCGACUGUUCAAUGCUCCACUUAAACCACUUGCUGAUCUUGAUCCAGUUGUCGUUACUUUCUGGUAUCGAGCACCAGAAUUACUUCUUGGCGCUCGUCAUUACACUAAGGCAAUUGACAUUUGGGCAAUUGGAUGUAUUUUUGCCGAACUUUUGACAUCUGAACCAAUUUUUCAUUGUCGUCAAGAGGACAUCAAAACCAGUAAUCCAUAUCAUCACGAUCAACUGGAUCGGAUAUUUAAUGUUAUGGGAUUUCCUCAAGAAAAGGAUUGGGAAGAUAUUAGGAAGAUGCCUGAACAUAAUACAUUGACAAAAGACUUCAAACGAUCAAGUUAUGCUAGCUGCUCAUUAGUUAAGUAUAUGGAGCGUCAUAAAAUAAAACCUGACAGCAAAGCUUUUCAUCUUCUUCAAAAGUUAUUGCUUAUGGAUCCUAAUAAAAGAAUCACAAGUGAACAGGCAAUGGUCGAUGAGUAUUUUAGUGAAUCUCCACAACCCACACAAGAUGUUUUUGCUGGUGGCCCAAUUCCUUAUCCGAAGAGAGAAUUUCUCACUGAUGAAGAAGAAGAUAAAUCUGAUAGUAAGCGCCAAGGCCAAGCUCAACAAUCUCAAAACCAGCAACAGCAAUCUGGGAACAACCAACAAGGUAAUGGAGGCAAUUCAAACAAUGAUCACUCGAAUUCAGCUAAACGUCCACGAUUAUCAGGAAACCAACAACAAUCUAACAAUCAAAAUCAACAACAAAUGCAACAAGAGUAUCAUCAGUCGCAGCAGAAUCAACAGAAUCAAAUGUUGUUCAAUCAGAAUCAGAAUAACUUUCAACAGCGAUAUUAAAAUGUAUUUGUAAACUCGACUAUGAAAAAUGAAUAAAAUAUGUAUAAUUUUUCUCAUCAAAAUGAA